GGGUAACUGCUAUGAAAGCUGGAACGAUGACUGAGAAGGAGCGAUUUGAUUUUGGCACAGAGAGAUAUCGAGGUUUUCCACUAGAUAAUACAGCCACAAAGUCAAAAUGUGUUCUAUCGUAAAAAUUAUUGAAAACAAACAUUUUCUUUUUGGUCUUCAUUUAAGGUUAAAGUUAGGCAUAAGGUUAACAUAGUGGAUAAGGUAAGGGUUAAGGUUAGGUUUAAAAAUCAGAUUUUAAGAAGAGAAAUUGUAGAAAUAGGCAGGUUUAUGGCAUUGCGGCUGUGUUAACUAGUGACGACUGAGCCCGAGAGGGAAGGGGGUGGAGUAGUAAAGUUGAGUGGGUAGUGAGACGACGCUAUAAAAGCCGGUGCCGGAGCUGUCUGUGUCAGUAACACUCGCUGACUGAGGCAGAUACAGCGACAUAGAGAAACAACAACAACAAGAAGGAGGAACAGCUUACAGCACGAGUGGACAUAUGUAGCAACCUCUGCUCGCACCGGCUCUGCAGUACUGACAAGGACUCAAAGAUUAGAGAAUUGGAAAAAAGAGGCUGACAUCUGAUACAGCAGCUCUUUGGUACAAACACAGAGUUUCAUCAUCCAGGACUUUGGGAGAUUUUGGUAUGGUUAAGAGAACUUUGCUUCGCCGUCUUUCCUGAGAAAGAGCAUCUGACAAUAGAGGAGGCACCAGAGAGAGAGAGAGAGGGAGAGAGGGAGAACUGUGGGACAAUAGCAUACGAAGGAGCAAAACAACUGCUUUUUCCACCUGCUUUCACACCCAGUGUUCCACACAUGGCUGCUGUCCGUCAGAUGCCCAUGGAGACCCAGGGCUUCCACCACAUGCUACCUGCCCAUAUUCUCUCCUCGACCAUGGAGGAGUUCCCCCAGCAGCUCCCCGUCCCCAAGGGGCACGCCCGUGGCAAGAGCCGCCCCCGCCGGGCCCGCGAGGCCCGCUUCAAGACCCAGCCCGUCACCUUCGCCGAGAUCACCGAGGUGGAGGAGGAGGGCGCCUCGCCCCUGGAAGAGGAGAGGGCACGCCGGUCUUUCCUGCAGUCCCUGGAGAACCUUCGCCGGAGCACGCAGGCGCUCUACUGUCCGACGACUGGUCGACGCACGCCCACGGCCACGGCCACACAGCAAAGCCUGGACUCUAGUGACUCUGACUCUGCCCAUUGACGGGCAGGACCUGAGGAGAAGUGGAGAAGUGUACGCACCCUGCCUGGCACUGGCACAAGCCCCUUUGCCCUUCCAAUUCUGCUUCACACAGGAGCCCAAUGAACUAAACUGAACUGAACUGAUAUCCAAGCUGCUCCUGUGCAUAUAGGCCAUUCUCCUUGAAAAUAUAUGUUUCCACAUACACAUAUAUUAGCAUACCAAUAUAUGUGGCUACGGUAUGCAUUUGACACAUUUUUGUAAAGAACGCUACCCUGUAAUAUAUAUCACUGGCUGGUUAUAUUGCUAACGCCUCUUAGAGAAGCUAGGUGUAGAAUACAAGCUAUGAUGCAGUGUUGAAUACACCACUUCAGAGAUAUUCUUCUUCAGAUAUAUUCCUCUUCUACUGGCGAGGACUUCAGGCCAGGAGGGGCUUUGGAACUUGAAAUGGGUUAAAUGUGGAAUGUCUUUGUUCUUUCUUUUAUAUAAAAGGAUGGAAACAAUGUUGUUUUUCUAUGUUGUACUUGUUUUGUAUUCUGCUUCAAACAGAUUCUCCAAGUGCAGUCGUGAUUGAAAGAGACAGCUCAUUCAGAUUUGACUGACUGAACUCUGUGUAUGGAAAGAUACUCAAUGCUAACUGAAGUUAGCAGUUACUUUGCAAUGUUUUGGCACUGCUCUUAUUUCUAUGUUAAGCUCCACAGCUAGCGAAUGCCACUCACAAAAAAAAAAUGCCUUUCCACAGAUGUGAAAAUAUUUAUUCUCUUAUUUUGUUUGUAACAGCAAAUCUACAAAUAUUAUUUUGUCGUUGACUCGUUUGAUUUCUAAAGUCACACUUGAUUUCUAAGAUGAAUAUCUUUUUUUUUUUUUUUACAUUGUUUUACAUCCAUAUUUGUUAGUUUGCUUCAAGUGUAAUAAAUAUUUGCAACGAUA